AUUAGUUGAAUGUCAAAUGUCAAGUGUCAAGUGUCCAAGUGGAAUAUCCGUAUAGGCAAGAUAUUACAAGUUUGGUAUAAUGCGUAGCCCACUAAUAGAUAUGGUUUAGGAUAGGCGAAGAAACAAAGCCGAAACAUCUACUUUUAUCGUGUUUGCAUUUAAUUUGGGAACAAAUCAAUGGACGUAAAAGGAGAAAUUUUAAUAUGCUACCGAUAAUACUGUGUAGACAAAGAAAAUACCACUACUACUAUAACAUGUUGAUUUAUGAAAACCAUUCAUCCACUUUCAUGGUAAAACUAUUCAGAUAAAGAAAAUUCCACUACUAUAACACAUCCACAGAGUAAUUGUAUUUAAUAAAGAUUUUAUUCUUGAGUAAUUAAUUUAUACUGGAAAAUUAAUGAAAUGUCGAACUUCGAUUCAUGAUUCUCUAUCAAUAGAUUUUCUCAAACAAAAAAUUUAGUAACUCUUAACAUCAGAACUUACACCAAAAGAACAUCUGAACUAUUUGAUGUAUACAUGAAAUAUUUUGAAUAACUAGAAAAUUCUGGACCUUUUUUUUUGAACAACAAUUCUUAAUAUUAGAUAAUCAGGUCAAAGUCCAAGAAGCAUUCGGAUUACAAAGAGAUAUUUUUGCCAAAGAACCAGCAGGCCUAUUUCGUUCUCUAAGUAUAAAGGAAAAAAAAAACAGAAAGUGAAGUAUGACGAUGGAAGUUUGAUAUCCGCGAGGACUCUGUAGAUGUUCUUCGGUUUUGAGAUCGAAUUGAUAACUCUGACGAGUCCUAAAAUUUUUGAUAUAAACCAGAUUUUGGUGUAGCCGCGUAAUUGAGGACAGUUCUGAUAUCUAGAGCUUCAGCAAGGAGGGCUGAAUGUACUUAAAGUUGCGUGUAUAUUUUUGGCAAAAUUUUGGACCUUAUACUUGUAUAUGUUUUAAAACGUUAACGAGGCCAAAACUAUUUUAAAUUUUUUUUUUGCUAAACAAAAACUAGUUUAGAUAUUUUUUUUGUAGAGAUAAGACCCUUUUUAACAUAACUUGAACCUAUGAUUCCUUAAAUGCUUAGUAGAUAAUCUAAGAGUUCUAUAUAUCUAUUAUGCCUAACACAUAUUGGUUAAAAACAUUUUGAAGCGAAAACCUCUUUUGUUUUAUUCAAUAAAGUCAUGAAACGAUAAGAUGACGAAACUGUUCAACAUAAUUCACGAAUCUACAUGUGAUUAGUAGUAAAAUGUAGGAAUCAAGUUAUUUUAUUAGUCAAUCUAUAGAGCUAUAAUAGCAUAUCGAGGUGGUUAUAUAAUAUGUGUGAAAUAAAAGUUAAAUACCAAAGGUAUGUACAGUGGUUUAUCUUAGUUCUAUUUGUGCCCCAAAUUUAAAUCUGAAACUUAUUUACGUCGUGUCGGGGCAUUUCCAAUUUUAUUCUAUUUUUUUUUCUAAAAUAGAGUAAAAGUGAAUAAAAAAUGUUCCGACUCAAUUAUAUAUGUCAUUUCAUAAUACAGUUUAUUCCAUAAAUAGAGUAUUAUAUUUUUUGUUUGUUUAUUACUCCAUUAUAGAAUGAAAAAUGAAAUAUGAUUGGAACAUUUUACUCUAUAUUUACUUUUAUUCUAUUUAGAAAAAAUAGAAUUUUACGUUAGAAAUGCUUUUAUAGUAUUAAGAAAAUUAGUAUCCACCAUCUAGUUUUUUCUUAUCUCGUUCCCAAAUCAAAAUUAUAAAAAUAACAUGUUUUAACAUAACGUUGUCAUAUUUUGUAAAAAUACCGUAUAUACAUCUAUUUUUAUGAAAUCAUGAAAAGUUUAUUUUUAUGAAAUAGUUUCUUAGCAUUUAUUUUAGAGGACGGAGAAAGUAUAUAAUGUCUUUAUAUAUAGUUUAUUUUUGUAAAAAAAUUGUAUGAAUGCAAAAUUUACACGCCUAUAAAACGGUUCGGUGUAUAGUGGUUGGAAGUACAUAAUAUAAUGUAGGGUUGUAAUGCAAAUGGAUGUCACACUUACGGUACACGUACCGACACUAAAUUUAUAUUAAAGAUUUAGCUUUAAUUUCGGGGUCGUUUUACGAUAUGCUAUGAUAAGGUACGUGUCACAUGUGGGUGUUGGACGUUGGAGAAGAGAUGAUUUGACCGAAUAAAUGAGAUUCGAAGCAUUAUAGAAGCAUUAGCACGGGUGGUGGACCGACCCACCCCAUUUUCAUCGCAUCAAUUAUCGAUUGGUUCACAUGCUUCCACCUCUGCUUGCGUCUUCCUUAAUGUUCUCCAAUUAUUCUCCAGGACUUGUUGAACUAUUCUACAAUAACCUUUUGUAUUUUGAUGAUAAUUUUUUCAUCAGUUUUCAUGAACUUUUUCCGUUCGUAGUUGUUAGAGGCCAAAUUCAUAUUCGUUUUGCAUUCGUCAGCGAUGAUGCCAACAGGUUAUAGUGAUCAUCAACAACAACAUCUGGUUUGAUUAUAUAUUUAUAUUCGAACAGUCACCAACGGCAUCAACAGACUUCAAAAGUAAUCGCUGAUUCAAAUUUUGAUACAAUAUAUACAAUGUAACUUAUGAAAUUAUAAUACGAAUUAUUAUUCAAAUCCCAAAAAGUUAUGUAUACCAACACAACACGAAUCUUGAGUUGAUUACCGGUACGGAUUUCCUCAACCAGCUCGAGCAUCGUCUUCUCUUGGUUACGUGUUUCCACCAUAUCUAGAUCCGUGAGGUUCGAGAUGGCUCUGAUACCAUAAUGAGACAGCAAAGGUUAUGAGUGAUAGUUUCUCUCUGUAAAUCUUCCGUAGAUCUAAAGAGGAGAUGAAUCAAGGACUAAAAGGUGAUCUGAGUUUAAGAAAUGUCACCUUCAAGUGCAAUGACCAAAGCAAUACGACGUUAAUGGCGUAUGCACAAGAUAGAGAGAGAGUUUAGGAAGGAGAUAAGUUUGAUAAUGAUUGAUUGAUUCUAGCAAAAUGCCAAAGUUGUACAAAUAAAGGAAAGAUGCUAACGGUCUAAACAAAUGACCUGUAACCGGGAUGCAACCCGUGACUGAGAGUAAUCUUAUUAGACUUGCAGUAAUAAAGUGAAAGUAAAGAUAGGUGAGUAAAGAAGGUAAAUGCUGUCACAAUGGUAAAGUCGUUCUGUAUAGAUUUACAAGCAUAUAUCAAUAUCGUCAAACCACGUCAAAGCUAUUAUCGUAAUCUACACUCUUGUUUUGUUCCCUUGUAGUCUCUCCUAAUGACUGUAUAAAUUAUGUUUCAUUUAUAUUCACUCUGUUUCUAAAUAAUGCAUAUUUUAGAUUUUUCACAAAUAUUAAAAGAAAUUUAUUAACUAUCAAUGCAUUAACUUAUAAAGUUAUAACAAUUUCCUAUGAAUUUAACUAAUAGUGAUUCAAUAAAUCCAAAAUUGUCAAUUAACAUUUUUUGAAGUUCAUAAUUCGUUAUUAAAAAUAAAUAAAAAUCUAAUACAUUAAUCUUUUAGAACCAAGUAAAAAGUGAUAGAACAUUGAUUAUUUAGCAACAGAAAGAAUAUUAAUUAAGCUGAUAUUGUUGCACUAUUGGAAGCAUCCCAGGUUAAUCAAAUCAUUAAUACUUCCUCCGUUUUUUUAUAUAAGUCGUUUUAGAUGUAUUUUUAUGUUCCAAAUUGUAUGAUAUUUUCGGUUUUCUAUGUAAAUUUUAUUAAUAUUUAUUGUUAUAUGACCAAUGAUAAUAUACUCUCUAAUUUAUUAUUGGUUGAUUUGUGGUUAGAUAAAUAAUUAAUAAUAUUUUUGUUUAGAAAAUAUAAAAAAUAAUGAUUUUUUAAUCUACUUGCAUAAUUCUAAAACGACUUAUAUUAAAAAACGGAGGAAGUAGUUUUUUUUCUUGGGAUAAAAUCUUGUCUAUAGUUUACAAUUCAUUAUUAAAAAUACAUCAAAAUCUAAAACAUUGAUAUUUUAGAACCAAAUAAAAAGUGCUAUAACAUUGAUUAUUUAGCAACAGAGAGAGUAUUAAUUAACCUGAUAUUGUUGCACUAUUGGAAGCAUCCCAAGUUAAUCAAAUCAUUAAUAGUUUUUUUAAGGAUAAAAUCUUUUCUAUAGUUUACUCUAAAAUCUUUGGCAUAUAAACAAAUUUCUUCUUUUUGGGGGGCUCAGAAAAUCUAAAAGAAAAACUUCUAAUAUAAUUUGACAAAUAACUAUCAUUUUUUUAACACAAGACAAAAGAAUAUUUUAUAGACAUUUUUAAUGUUGAAAUAUUAUAAGCAACUAAGCAAGUAUCAUUUCAGGAAAAGAAAACUAGGAAAAGAGUAAGACACAUUCCGUAGAAAGGAAAGAAAGUGUAUAGAUGCCAUGCCUUGUUGAAACCUUCUAAAGCAGCUGGAAGGUUUCGCGUUGAUAGAGCCCUAAACGCUUCCCGCCAUUUCGUCCUCAAUAAGGUCACGUGACUAACUAACUUUUUUUCUUUUUUUUUUGAAACACAUACGGGACUAACUAACUAAUGUGGGAGUUUAAACGACAUGGCUUUCUCUGCAGAUACAUCUUCUCUGGCGUUUUUUCUUCCGAACCCCUAGUUUCUUUUCCUAAGCUCAAGUAGGAAACUUAGAACUCACGCAAUCUUCCGAAACAUGUGCUGUACAUCUAUAACUGAUAUGGUUGUUUCAAAGAUAGGUUUGGUUUUGUUUCGCAAAAGUUGAGACACGAGGAGAUGUCAGUUUGUCAAUUCUAGCACCUUCGCUCGCUCUUAUUACAUUGUGUUUAUGCUUCAGUUUCCAGCUUUUUUGGACGUUAUCUUAUUACAUGAUGUUUCUCUCGCAGACCAAGAGCUUAGCUUGGUUUCGUGCCUACAAUGCCCCUGAACGUAUUCUUCUAGCUAGAACAAAUCAAAUUUGAUCUGUGUGUUUACUUACUCUAAUCAGCUAGCCUAGAAGUUAAGACACUCUUAAUAAUCUAAGAUCAUAUCUUCACAUAUUUUUCUUAUAUGCACCUUCACAUUGUCUUGACUAAGGAUUGGGAAAAUGCCUCAUGAUGCUCUAUGAUCAGACUUCACAAUCUGUAUUUCAAAAGUCAAUUUUUGUUUUUAGAAUUUCCUGUAAUAACUAAACACUGGUCGAUGUAUUUAGCUAUUCAAAUUAUUAUUACAACUUACCUUAUAUAUAUGAACAUAGAUCGUGACUUUUCAUCCAACGAUUUGUUGAAUAUUCAUAUAAUCUUUUUUAUACAAAUUUAAAAUAACAAGAACGACGUUGACCUUCAUUGCUUCCAAUUCCAAGAAACCUAAUAAGAACUUCACAUGCUCUUAGUGGGCAAAGACUCAAAGCCAAUUAUAAAAUUGUAUUAGAGAAAGUGGAUCAGCAAUGGCGACUGUUCAUCUCAGCUCAUCAUCCCUCUUCAUACAAUUCAAAGGAAGAAGAUACAACUCUAUAUCCUCCGUCAAGAGUCUCCAAAUACGCAACGUUUUGUCUAUCUCAUCUUCUCUCACGUCACGAGGUGGAGGCAUGAUUACACCACACGGUAAAGGCAAUGAUCACAACCCCACCUUUGACUUCAAGUCAUAUAUGAUCCUUAAAGCGGAAUCUGUGAACGCUGCUCUAGACGUUUGCGUACCGCUUAUGAAACCCCUCACGAUCCAAGAGGCGGUGCGGUACUCAUUGCUGGCUGGUGGAAAACGUGUGAGGCCUCUUCUAUGUAUUGCUGCCUGCGAGCUCGUGGGUGGCGACGAGGCUACUGCCAUGUCGGCAGCUUGUGCGGUGGAGAUGAUACACACUAGCUCUCUGAUUCAUGAUGACCUUCCCUGCAUGGAUAAUGCUGAUCUCCGCAGAGGCAAGCCAACCAACCACAAGUUAUUUGGAGAAGACAUGGCGGUUUUGGCGGGUGAUGCACUUCUUGCUUUGGGUUUUGAAAACAUGACGGUUGUGACAAGUGGUUUGGUCGCUCCUGAUAGGAUGGUUCGCGCGGUAAUUGAGCUGGCAAAGGCCAUAGGGACAAAAGGGCUUGUGGCUGGGCAAGUGGUUGACCUACGCAGCGAGAGAAUAAGUCCUGAAGUCGCUGGACUGGAGCGUCUAGAGUUCAUCCACCUUCACAAAACAGCUGCAUUGUUGGAGGCAGCUGCGGUUUUAGGGGUUAUAAUGGGAGGCGGAACGGAGGAAGAGAUCGAGAGGCUUAGAAAGUAUGCGAGAUGUAUUGGGCUGUUGUUCCAAGUGGUUGAUGAUAUUCUUGACGUAACAAAAUCUACCGAGGAAUUGGGUAAAAGCGCCGGGAAAGACGUCAUGGCUGGGAAACUGACGUAUCCUAGGUUGAUUGGUUUGGAGAAAUCUAGGGAACUUGCGGAGACAUUGAGCAGAGAAGCAAAGGAACAGCUUCAAGGGUUUGAUUCGAAUAAGGCGGCACCACUGGUGGCUCUGGCUAGCUACAUUGCUAGCAGACACAACUGAUCUUUUGCAAUAAUUGAUCUUACCUCAAUGUAUCUAAUGUCCAAAGUCCAAACAAGUUCGUUUUGUUCGCUUUCUGGUCUUCUUUCUUAUGAAACUAUUUAUGUUGUGACUUCUCUGUGUUUUCAGGUCGUAAUUUGUCUUUUGAGAUCUUAAUGUCAUGUCUCAACAAAUAUCAUGCGCACAUGGGAACAAAGCAAGUGGGUAUACUAAGAACGAGGUUAUAUAUGUGGAUUCCCCGUUUAAAUGAUCAUCUGACGUUUUGUAUAUAAUUUAUGUUUUAGGCUUUAGCUACAUGAGUCGUUGGGUUGUAUCUCUGUGUGUGAUCACUGAUUAGUUAAAAUCACAAUAUUUGUAUUUGUGAAGUUAAAUUCUCUUUUAAGUACCCUUGUUUUGUAUUUAAUUAGUACCUAUGCUUUUAGACGAAAGACUUUGUCUAAUCUUCAUAUCCAAAUUUCAGCUAAUUUUAAGUAUGCUCCUUGUUUUUUUUUUUUUUUUUGUCUUAAACUCUUAUCUAAAUGAGGAAACAUACACUAAUAUGAAAGGGAUGAAA